GCUGCUAGUAGUAAGCGGUACGCUGCCAAGAGUAUUUGGCGGACCCGACGAUAUAGUGAGCAGGCUAAUAAAUAGGUGCUCAAAAAUUGUACGUAGAACUGGAACUUUUAAGGCGCUCCGACGGAAACAACAGUAACGAGAAGAAACUCGACCUGCUGUAAUAAGAGAAAAGUAUUAAUAUACAAGCGAAUCAACAAAAAGUGAAUGCCUGGUCCGCUCAAUUGCUCGAGUUAGACCGGUAUCAGGAAACUGUUUUGUCUGUGUGAAACAAAAACAGCAAACAGUAGAUGCACAAAGUCUUUGGAAGUAGGCGAAACUUGGGAAUUCGCUGGAUUACAAAGAAUUAGUGGGAAGGUGAAGUUGCGAGUAGAAGGUCUGAACUAUUUAUAUUUAUUAUUUACAAGUUGAGCCGUUUGUUUACUCUCGAGAAAGUGUAAACAAACAGCUUUCUAGCAAAGUUCAUUGGCUAAGAAAGGACGCAUAUUGAGCUGCUUGACGCGGCUAUAUUGAGUCAUUGUUUGCUAACGUUGAAGGAGAGAACGUGCAACAGGAUUCAAGAGUAAAAAACAAACUCACGUCAAUUUGCUUAAAAGACAAGAGACGUCACACCGGAAAGAUACUGCAGACAGAAGAAGUGACCGGGUAUCCUAUUGAUCUGCAUCAUGAAUGAAGAACUUGCGAUGCCCUCCGAGACAGACAGUGUAAAGCUGUAUGUACUUGACACUUCCAAAAUGUCUUACACCAAAUCAAUGCAGUGCCUCCUGUCUCCGUCCAUGUUUACUCCAUCUGAGCGCGCUCGAAUUGGAAGAUUCUAUUUUGCGAAGGAUGCAAUGCUGGCUAUUGCGUCUAUUUAUAUACAGAAGCGUGUCGUUUCAGAAGCCAUUGGCUGCCCCAUAAGCGAAGUGGGCUUGAGUAAAACUGCCUCUGGUCGGCCUUUCAGUGCCAAAGCAACAAGGGCAAGCUCGUACUUUGAUUACAAUGUUUCACAUCAUGGAAGCCUCGUUGUCUGCGUUUGCGGAUGGCUUAAUGGAUUGAGAGGCACGCGAGAGACUGGGCCAGGAAUUGGCGUUGACGUGAUGCUUUGUGAACCGUUGUACGAUGGACCGUGGAUGGAGGACUUGCGAGAUGCAUUCCAUCCCUCUGAAUGGGAAACCAUCCAGACUAGUCAUAACCCAACCCAAACUCUGUUUAUGAUUUGGACAUGCAAAGAAGCUGUCCUGAAAGCUACUGGCAUUGGAAUUGUUGUUGAUUUAACAACGGUGCUUGUGCAAAUAUCGCAACCCGACCAGCUGGAAGACAGUCCACACAGUCUCCAGCAGACAGUCGCUGCAAGCGUGAAUUUUCAAGGUCGAGAAUGGUCAGUCACCAUCGUUCAACUGAAACAUACCACGGCAGCCGCUAAAAAAACGUACCUCCUGGCUUACACAAUUCCUUCCAACUGUAGAAGCAUCAAUCCGCAGGUACACUAUCUACAAGAGUUUCCCAAAGACCUGUUCAUUGAGCCGAAAGAGCACAGUUAGAACAACAAAAAGGCCAAAGACAUACUACCUUUGUCACAGCACUCAUUUGUAACAGUGCAACAUUUUAGUAAAGAUAUUCCCGGUCAAAAUCCAAUAAUACACUCACCAUCGUGGCCAUCGAUGUAAAUGAACACUUUUAACAUGCAACAUGCCCAUCAUCUCAUCGCAUUUCGAUAUUCCUACACGCAAUCCUGUUUCUGAACCCGGCGCUUGCUGACCCAAAUUAAGGUUCAGCUGCCGCUAUGUUUAUUUACGUACUUGAC